GCUGCCGUAGACGCGCAGGCGGCGGGCUGCAGGCAGAGGGCAGCAGGCAGGGUUUAGCUCAUCCCUGACUGGAUCACAGGACCAGCAUCAUCAUCCUCCCUGGCAAGGGCAACCUCUCCAUAAGACAUCAACAAGAAGAAGACGAAAAAGCAUCAAAUUUUGAAGAGAAGCAGCAAGAUGCUGGCCUGCACAGAGCUCAUCACCAUGUGUCUUCAGUCUGCCAAGCACGAACACUUGAGAAAGCGGCAGGAGCUUGACCACAAGCACAAUCAAGGGAUCUCAUUAUUUCAGGAUAUUUUACGCCGUGCAGACAAAAACGAUGAUGGGAAGCUGAACUUGGAGGAGUUCCAGUCAUAUUUCACCGAUGGCAUCCUCACUGAUGAGCAGAUGCAGGAGCUGUAUUACUCCAUCGACAGGCAGCAGACAGACAACCUGGACAUAGACAAACUCUCCGAGUACUUCACUCCACACCUGGGAGAAUACGUCAACGUCCUGUCUGCUCUGGAAAAGCUGAAUGUGGCCAUUCUGAAGGCCAUGGAUAAAACUAAAGAGGAGUAUCAGGGCUCGUCAGUGUUGGGUCAGUUUGUGACACGCUUCCUGCUGAGGGAAACCACCACCCAGCUGCAGUCCCUUCAGUCAUCGCUGGAUUGUGCUAUGGAGGCUGUUCACGACCAGGGCUGCACAGGACGGAGGAUAGUGAAGAAGCCCGCUGACCUGCCCAUCCAGAGGAUGGCCAAAAGGCCUGGUCGACGCAUCCAGAAGAACAUGUGUCUCUCCCCAACAGACCCUUACUCUGGCAUGCUCACCACAGGGGUCAGUGUGGAGCCAGACAACCACUGGGGCUCCCAGAUCAACCAGCUGGAGCAGCUCAUAGACAAGAUGGAGUGUGAGAGUCCACAUCUUGAACCUCUCAAAGAAGACACAUUGGCAGGGACAUAUAAAUCAAACAUACUUCUGGUCCAGAGACAAAUGUCUGUGAAGGAGAGAGACGUGGAGCAGUUUCAGCAAGCUCUCAAAAUCUACACAGAUGCCACUACCAUCCAGCCAAACAACCUGCACGUGUCAGUCCAGAACUUGCCAGACAGAUCAUGCUUCAUCAUGUAUGAAUUUUGGCAGGACCGUCUCUCCUGGAUGAGCUACCUGCAGUCGUCCAUCAGUAAGACCUUCCAGGGCUGCGUUAUUGACUCGCUGGAAGAGCCAGAAAUGGUCUCAACCAUGCUUCUCCCAGCCUCUUGGUGGAUUAUGAACAACAACUGAUGGAGCGGAGCUGCUGUUAACAUACACCCUGAAAGCAGGAGAACAAGGCGAUUGUACAAUCGCGUCUUCUUCUUCUUCUUCUUUUUGUUCGUUAUUUGAUAUUAACUUUUUCCUAAUGGCAUGACCAGGAUUGUUUCAGCGAAGCUAUGCUGCAAGGUUCUAACAAAAAAGACGGCAGGUCAGUUAAAUCAGUCCACAGUGAAACAAACCUAAACCUUGGGGAGAAAGAACUGAGGCGAUGCAACGUUUUAUUGUGUGAUCAGGAUCUGUGCUGAUGGUCAUUUCACAGUGCGGGCACAUUUCCUGCUGCUGAUUUAAUAGACUAACAAAUAUUUAAAAAAAGAGAAAAAAGAAUAUAUUUGCAUGAUGUCUUAUUUCUCAGUGCUAGUUUUCUUUUUUUCCACUCAAAGCUUCAUAUUAGAGUAGCUAUAAUUGUCAACAAUGACCAAUAACUGAUCCUACCCAUCAAUGCUCAACACCUGUCCCUCAGUACAGAUGAAAACAGACAUCGUGGUAAGGUUAACCUCCCCUUUUGUUCUCUCUCUCUGGUAUCGUGCUUUGCUGUCUCCCUCAAAGCUUUUGCUACCAAGCGCUCAUUUUGCUUAUGGUGUAGACAAGCCAUUAAAUAGUUAAUUAUCAGUCACAGUCUGCAUCUAGAAAUCUGAUCAUCUGUGUCACUCCUGCACUUUAGAAAAAAAUGGACCUUAUUGUGAAGAACUGAUACUUAUAGUAGAUUGUUUAUUGAAAAUAUAGAAAUAACAGGCGUCGAGCUGCACCGAGGAGCAGUACUCUAGAUAUAAAACAAAAGCCAUUAUUUUACAUUUGCAGUAUGUAAUCUGAAGAGUUUAAUGGUACAGUACAAACAAAUAUAAGUUUAUAUUUUGAGUACAGAAAUUAGGCAGGAUCUGUUCUGUGUAUUGAACCGUGUACAGUAAUUAUUGAAAGCUGUAGGUUGUAGGUAGUUGUUGUAAAUCACUGGUAAAUGUAUAUUCAGACAUUCGGUACGUUACAUUUUGAUAAUGUGAGGAACGAAUGUGCUGGAUCUUUCAUUUAAAGUGUUUCUCAUUUCCUUUGUGUAGAUUGUACAGUUAUGUGGAUGCUAUGUUUGUUUUCGGCAUGAAUUAAAGUUUGACAUGUUGCUGACAUGGA